GGGCGGCGGAGGCCGCCACUGCUCGGAGAGGGGCCACAGCGCGCCCGAAGGUUCAUGCGCCGGGCGGGGACAGGGCCCCGCGCUCGGCUCGCAGCAGGCGCGGCCCGCGGGCGGGGGUCGCGUUUCCCAUGGAGGCGCCCGAGCUGGGCCCGGGGCUGGUGCAGCGUCUGGAGCAGCUGGCGACGUGCCCGCUGUGCGGGGGCCCCUUCGAGGACCCGGUGCUGCUGGCGUGCGAGCACAGCUUCUGCCGCGCGUGCCUGGCCCGCAGCUGGGGCGCCCCUCCGGCCGCCGGCGACCCGGCGCCCGCCCCCGCCUGCCCCCGCUGCGGCCAGCCGUGCCCCCGCCGCAGCCUGAGGUCUAACGUGCGGCUGGCGGUGGAGGUGCGCAUCAGCCGGGGGCUGCGCGACAAGCUGGCCGAGGCGGGCCCCCGCGCGGGGAGGCGCAGGGGGGGCCGCAUCCCCACCAUGGGCUGCCUGGACCCGCGCGGAGAGGACACGAGGAAGACAUGGAGGAGACUUGACGCCCCAACACCCAAGUCAUCUAACUCAGACGACGACGUCCCCGAAGAUUAUCCAGUGGUCAAAAACAUGCUGCACAGACUGACGGCCGACCUGACCCUGGACCCGGGCACCGCACACCGCCAGCUGCUCAUCUCAGCGGACCGCCGCAGCGUCCGGCUGGCCCCGCCGGGGACGCCCGCGCCCCCCGACGGCCCCGCGCGCUUCGACCAGCUCCCGGCGGUGCUGGGCGCGCAGGGCUUCGGGGCUGGCCGGCACUGCUGGGAGGUGGAGACCGCGGCCGCCGCCGGGGACCAGGAGGACGGGGACCAGGACAGCGGCGAAGCCCGCUACGCCGUGGGCGCGGCCGGCGAGUCGGUGCGACGCAAGGGCCGCGUGGGGCUGUGCCCGGCGGGGGCCGUGUGGGCCGUGGAGGGCCGCGCCGGCCGCCUGUGGGCGCUCACGGAGCCCGAGCCCACCCCGGUGGGCGGGGCGGGGCCCCCGCCGCGGCGCAUCCGCGUGGACGUGGACUGGGAGCGCGGCCGAGUGGCCUUCUACGACGGGCGCUCGCUCGACCUGCUCUUCGCCUUCCAGGCGCCCGGGCCGCUGGGGCAGCGCGUCUUCCCGCUGCUCUGCACGCGUGACGCCCGCGCCCCGCUGCGCAUCGUGCCGGCAGAGGGCUGAGCCGCCUCCCCCCACCUGUGCCGGGAGCCGCCUCGUCCACACACACCCCCCACCCAGCCACACUGUCUCUUUUCUCCCAAGCAGGAAGAUCUUGGCUGGCCUCCGGCUUCCUGCCCCUCCCUCUGGGACGCUUGCCACCUGCCUCUCCACGGCUGCCUGCUAACCUGGACCUGAGCUGGGGAACAGGCCCUGCCCCCCAAUACUGGGCAACGGUGGUGUCCACUACGCAGAGGCCCGCCCCGCUAGCCAAGCGUUCCCCUCCCACCCCUGCCUCUGCUGGUCUCAGAGGGCCCAGUGCCUUCUCCUCGGGCCACGGUUCCGACUUCCCUGCCCAAUCCGGGGUUUAUUCACCAGACUUGGGCCUGGGUCUCAGAGCCCUCCAUGGAGCUCAAUGCUGUUCUGGGGAGGGGGCAGGCCAGCUCUACUCCAUGGUGACUGCUUCCUUUGCUCACAGCCUUGUCCCGUUAGGAACCUUCCUGACUCCCCCCUGCACACACAGUAAGCCAAGGCUGCUACCUCUCUUUCCUCUCCUCAGCAGGGGGGGUUGGCCCAAACACCCCAAAACCAUCCCUGUACACAGCAUCUCAUCUCUCCCCAUAUGUAUAAAUGGGCCCAUAUUUAACACUUUUUGAGAUGUUGGGUUAUUUAUUUUGUGCAUCUGUGGCAAUAAAUGAGAUCUCAGUGGUGGUA